CCUUCCUAAUCCUCUUACAAAUACCCUCCCUACAAAUACCCUCCAAAAUCACAACAUUUUUUUUUCAUCAAGAAUUACAUAAACAAACAUCAUCAACGUAACAUUAAUUUCUAGCCAUAAUGUCUAGCAUUCAUUCAUCGAUGAUUUUCGCCGAGACGAUUUCAUGGUAUUGUGCAUUGUUCUUGGCAAUUAUGUUGGUGUUGAGCUGCUGUGAAUCCAGUGAGAAUGAUCAUCAAUUCAUAGUGCAAAUGCAAGGGAAUAAUUAUAACAAGGCAUGUGAUGAAAUAUAUGUUGUGAAAGAAGGAGAAACAUUGCAUACAAUAAGUGAAAAAUGUGGUGAUCCUUUUAUUGUUGAAGAGAAUCCACAUAUUCAUGAUCCUGAUGAUGUUUUCCCUGGCUUAGUUAUCAAGAUUACUCCUUUCAAGAAUCUCUAGAGAAAAGGGAAAGUUACACAUUUGGUCACUCGAUAAAAAUUUAUCUACGUUCGUUAGCCAAUAUACAUAUGUGUAUUAUGUGUAUAUUAUAUAUUUGUCGAUUAUGUUUUGGGUGAACGGCUAUUUAUGUGAAUUUCCCUCCCAAAAAAUCUUGUAGUAGUUUGAUUAUCUUUAAGUAUA